AUGGAAAUUGAGAAAAGCUAAUCACCUAAUAAAAGCACUGUAUAGCAGUAAAUAUUAGUAGAAAAAAACAAAAAUGGCAAUUUGGGGUUAUUUAAUAAGCUCUAAAAAGAAAGAAAGAACCUUCCUAUAUUCAAGCACAGAUAAGGUUUAUUGGAUAAAAUAAAAAGCAAUUAAAUUAGUGUUAUUGCUGGUGAAACUGGUUGUGGUAAGACAACUUAAAUUCCUCAAUAUUUAAUUGAAGAGGGUUUAAACAAGAACAGAAUGAUUGCCGUUACACAGCCUAGAAGAGUUGCAGCUAUUACUAUAGCAUAAAGAGUUGCUUAGGAAAUGAAUACUACUGUUGGUAAUAAAGUUGGUUACAGUGUUAGAUUUGAGGAAGCUGUUGAUAAAAAUAAUACAAAAUUAUUAUAUAUGACUGAUGGUAUGCUUUUAAGAGAAACUAUCGUUGACCCUAAUCUUUCUAGAUUUUCAAUAAUUGUUAUUGAUGAAGCUCACGAAAGAACUAUAAAUUCAGAUUUACUUAUAUCUCUGCUUAAAUAGCUGUCAGAAAGAAGAAAGGAUCUUAAAAUUAUAAUUAUGUCUGCAACAAUAGAAACUGAAAAAUUUGCAAACUUCUUUGAAACAGAAAAUAUUAUAUAUUUAGAAGGUAGAUGCCAUCCAAUUGAAGUAUUCUAUUCAAAAAAGCCACAUGCAGAUUACUUAGAUGCUGCUUUAAACACAAUAUUACAAAUUCACUUCGAAGAAUAAGAUGGAGAUAUUUUAUGCUUUUUAGUAGGACAAGAAGACAUAGAAGACAUGCAACAAAUGCUAGAAGAAAAGAUAGAGCUUUUCCCUAAAGAGGCAAAAAAGCUAAACAUUUGCACUCUCUAUGCUGCUUUACCUUCACAUUUACAAUUAUUAGCAUUUGAAAAAAGCUAAGAAGGUGAAAGAAAAGUAGUUUUAUCUACUAAUAUUGCUGAAACUUCAGUUACCAUUGAUGGUAUAAAAUAUGUUGUUGAUCCUGGUUUAGUUAAGACAAGGAAGUAUAACCCAAAUAAAUUAAUAGAAAUGCUUUUAGUUGUACCCGUUUCUAAAUCUUCAGCUAUGCAGAGGGCUGGUAGAGCAGGUAGAUAAUCUGCAGGUAAAUGCUUUAGGCUCUACACCAAAUAUACUCAUGACACCUUGGCUGAAUUUAUGUUACCUGAAAUUCUCAGAUCAAAUCUUUCAACAGUUAUUUUGCAAAUGAAAGCUAUUGGAAUUAAAGAUGUUAAAGGAUUCUAGUUUAUAGAUAGACCACAUGAAGACUAAUUCAUAGAAAGUAUUGAAAACCUUUAACAGAUGAACGCUUUAGAUGCUAAUGAAAAUAUUACUUUGCAUGGUAAGGAAAUGGCUGAAUUACCUCUUGAACCAAUAUAUGCUCAUUUUAUGCUUGUAGCUUUUGCUACUAAUCCUAACUCGAUUAGUGUUGUUCUUUCAGCAAUCAGUUUGAUGCAAGUAGAAAAUCUCUUUUUCAUUCCUAAGGGUGCAAAAAUAUCUUUAUUAGAUGUUUUACUUAGGUUUUAGUUAGGAAAUAGUGAUUAAUUGACAAAGGUCAACAUGCUGCACUAAUAUUAUCUAGCAAAAAAUAAAAAGAGUUUUUGUAAAGAAAAUUUCAUUAAUCAAAAAAAUAUAAAGAAAGCUUUGGAAGUAAGAUAAUAAUUAGAAAAUUACUUCCUUGAUAUUCUUAAGAAGAGAUCUAAAAAGAAUUAAAAGUAAAACUAAGCAAAUAUCUAAUAGCAAAGUGAAGAGUAGUAAAUUUAAGAAGAAUUAGCAAAAGGAAAUACAUUAAAAAAAUUGUAAGAAGAACAUAAAACAGCUAUUUAAUAGGAAAUAAAUACAGAAGAGUUUAUAUCAUGUAUUGCUAAAGGAUUAUCUGUGAAAGCUGCCAAGCUAAAUAACGAUGGAACUUAUACUAUUAUUAGAAGCAAUAUUCAAGCUUACAUUCACCCUGAGAGUUUGCUGUUUUACUCAAAGCCUAAACCUGAUUAUAUCAUUUUCAAUGAAGUUGUUAGUACUAUAAAAACGUAUCUUAGAGACAUUACUGAAAUAUCAUUCUCUGAUUUUAAAGAAAUUUCUAAAUGA